AUGACUAUGAAGAGAUCUAUGGAAGAGAUAAGCCAGGGUCCAGCGUCGGACCUGAACAAGACCGAGAGGAGGAGGCUUGCGAAGAAAGCGAAGAAGGAGAGAGAGAGGCAAGGGAAGGGGGGGAGGGGUGGAGGUGGUGUGAAUAGUGGUGCGGGGACCGCUCCUGGUCGAACGAAGAAUAAGGGUCACAAGCCCAAGAUGACGAAGGAGGAGCGUCGGGCGAAGUACACGCAGAAGGCGUACGAAGCGCGAGAAAAACAGAACCAGCUGGGUCCGGGAGCGAACAAGACUCGCUGCUUGGGGUGCAGGGCUUGGGGGCACAUCGUGGCCAAUUGUCCAGAAGCGAAGGCUGCUACGGGCAUCUGCUUCAACUGCGGAUCCGCCAAGCACGCGCUGCGGGUGUGCCCCGCGCCGAAGCAGAAGGACGGAAGCCUGCCCUAUGCCACGUGUUUCAUCUGCAAGGCGAAGGGACACAUCAGCGCGCACUGCAAGCAGAAUGCGAACGGCGUGUACCCCAAGGGCGGCUUUUGCAAGUGGUGCGGCUCUAAGCACCACCUGUCGUGGGACUGCCCGGAGAGCACCAAGGUGGACAAGAAGAAGCUCAACAAAAACGUCAAGAAGGACGACGCUGCCGGUACUGCCUCCGCCGCCGACGAUGUUCCCGACCCUGGCGACAGCGGCAAGGACAGAGGAACGGCAUCCAAGGAGGCAAGAGGAGGCGGCGGCAAGGCAGAAAGAUCUACCGGCGGCGGGGGUGCUGUGGGCGGGGGGGCGGAAGAGGGUACCCCGAAACGUCGAAGGACUACUGGCAGCUCUGAGGCGUCUAGCGCGAGAGCAGGCUCGAAGAGAGCACCGGCGUCGCGGAUCGGAGGCGACGACCUCGAAGACGACGGCUACUACGACCCUGACGACGUUCCCGACGCAUCUUUCGAGCACCCCGAUGGGACGGAAGAGAAGCUCUGGUCGGGAAGUAGCGGUGGCGUUGCCAGCCAAGGAUCGGGGAAAGGGGGAUCGUCUGCCAAGAGGCAGUUGUCUUCCAAGGUCGUUGUGUUUUGAUGUCGGGAAAAUGUUCGUUACCGUUUUCCAAGGUUGUUGUGUUUUGAUGUCGGGUAAGUCUUCAUUAAAUUAACCGGGGGUAGUUCCUCUUCAUUGUGUUGCUAGUGCCGUUAUAAACGUGCACCGGUAGUCGUGAGUGCAGACAAAGAAGAGGGAAGUGAUUGCUGAAACCUGCACACUUUAUAAUAAUGAGGGCGCGUACUUGCUGCGGGAGGAAAGGUGGAGAAUUCUUCCUUGUGACCCCGGCUUGUGCGUCAAAUAUAUUCCAAAAUGUCGAGACUGGCGCCCAGAGUAGACCGGACCAAGAAAAAUAGACUCUUGUCGGACCGCGUCUGGGGCUGCGCUUCUAGUCCAAUGUAUGUGGCCUCAUUGGCGGUCAGCAGGUUUGUCUGUGGAACGAGAGAAAAAGACUUGGAGACUUUGUAGUGCGGUUUGUUGCUUGCGUGUGCCCUUCACGCUCGGCAUUGAGUGGAAUGUGCCGGGUUUGGCGUUGGUUGUGCCUGGUUGCUAAUCUUGAUGUU